CAGACCAAGGCUUGAGGGUAGGUGUUGGGAGCAGCCUGGGAGGCCCUCCCCGGCCUCGGGGCGGGGGCGGGGCCAGGCCUGGGAUCUUUAGCAGGCAUCUGCUCCCCCCACGGUGGAGUAGAAGCUGGGUCUCUGCCAGAGGACGGGAAGGUCCUUCCUCUUACCAAGGAAGGACCAAGCCCGCUCCGUGCUCCCACCGCAGCGGCCGUCACGGUCCUGCCUGCUGACCAUCUGGGGAGGGUCAACCGGCCUGGACCCCGCACGCUUCACUUCCUUGAUCCCAGCACCCAUUUCACGGAGGAGACAGCCUGGCCGGAGAGGGCGCCCGUCCUGCCCGAUGUCCAUCUGGGCUGUCCUGCUCUUGAUCUGGGCGGCCGCCGAGGCCUCCGAGGACUGCCCCGCCGCGUGCGCCUGCCGCGCCCUGGACACCAUGGGGCUGCUGGUGGACUGCAGGGGCCGGGGACUUGCGGUGAUGCCCGCCCUCCCGGCACAUACGCGCCACCUCCUGCUGGCCAACAACAGCCUGCGCUCAGUGCCCCGGGGAGCCUUCGACCACCUGCCGCAGCUGCAGAGCCUCGACGUGGCGCACAACCCCUGGCGCUGCGACUGCGGCGUCACGUACCUGCGCCUUUGGCUGGAGGACCGCGCGCCCGCGGAGCUGCUGCGCGUGCGCUGUGCCGGCCCCGGCCCCGCCUCCGGCCGCGCGCUCGGACAGCUCAGCGGCUCCGAGCUGGGCAGCUGCGGCUGGAUCCUGCGGGCGACCUGGGCCGACACGGGGCCCUGGUGGGACGCGGCGCUGGCCGUCGUGGCCGCGCUGGGCCUGGCUCUCCUGGCGGGCCUGCUGUGCACCGUCUCCGUGCCCCGAGCCUGAGCCGGGGGCCCCCGGGUCAUCGCGGCCCCGGCCCUGGGCAUUCCAACCACCGGUAGCUCAAAAUAAACCAGCGGCUCAGCCGUUACCCAGGCUCGGAGAUGUUUCCCUCUUAGCACCCGAGUUUGUCUCAUCCUGGAAACCUGCGACCAUGUUUGUUUUGACAGAUAUUGACUGGGGCUUCUCUAUCCACCAAGUUCCUAGCAAAAUGGUGUAUCCCACUUCCACAUCUCCUCCAGCCACCCCCAAUGCCACCAUCUCUGGACACCCCGGGCACUUCCCCAGGUCCCGGGAGUCC